UACCUUUUCUCUUCUAUCAACCCCACAAGGCUUUGGCACAAUGAAGUGGGUGACUUUUAUUUCCCUUAUCUUUCUCUUCAGCUCUGCUUAUUCCAGGGGUGUGUUUCGUCGAGAUACACACAAGAGUGAGAUCGCGCAUCGGUUUAAUGAUUUGGGAGAAGAAAAUUUCAAAGGCCUGGUGCUGAUUGCCUUUUCUCAGUAUCUUCAGCAGAGCCCGUUUGAUGAGCAUGUAAAAUUAGUGAAUGAAGUAACCGAGCUUGCAAAAGCAUGCGUUGCUGAUGAGUCAGCUGCAAAUUGUGACAAGUCACUUCACACUCUCUUUGGAGAUAAACUGUGUGCAGUUGCAUCCCUUCGUGAAACCUAUGGUGAAAUGGCCGACUGCUGUGCGAAACAAGAGCCUGAGAGAAAUGAAUGCUUCCUGAAACACAAAGAUGAUAAUCCAGACCUCCCUAAGUUGAAACCAGACCCUGAUACUUUGUGUACCGAGUUUAAGGAAAACGAACAGAAGUUUUGGGGAAAAUACCUAUAUGAAAUUGGCAGAAGACACCCCUACUUUUAUGCCCCAGAACUCCUUUACUAUGCUCAUCAAUAUAAAGGAGUUUUUGCAGAAUGCUGCCAAGCUGCUGAUAAAGGUGCCUGCCUGAUACCAAAGAUUGAGUCUGUGAGAGAACAAGUACUGGCUUCAUCUGCCAGACAGAGACUCAGGUGUACCAGUAUCCAAAAAUUCGGAGAAAGAGCUCUAAAAGCAUGGUCAGUAGCUCGCCUGAGCCAGAAAUUUCCCAAGGCUGAUUUUGCAGAGGUUUCCAAGAUAGUGACAGAUCUUACGAAAGUCCACAAGGAAUGCUGCCAUGGUGACCUGCUUGAAUGUGCAGAUGACAGGGCGGAUCUUGCCAAGUAUAUAUGUGAAAAUCAAGCUACAAUCUCCGCUAAACUGAAGGAGUGCUGUGAUAAGCCUCUGUUGGAAAAAUCCCACUGCAUUGCUGAGGUGGAAAAAGAUGAGUUGCCUGAAAACCUGUCCCCAGUAGCUGCUGAUUUUGCUGAAGAUAAGGAAGUUUGCAAAAACUAUAAUGAAGCAAAGGAUGUCUUCCUGGGCACGUUUUUGUAUGAAUAUGCGAGAAGGCAUCCUGAGUACUCUGUCUCAUUGCUGUUGAGAAUUGCCAAGGGAUAUGAAGCCACACUGGAGGAUUGCUGCGCCAAAGAUGAUCCUCCUGCAUGCUAUGCCACAGUGUUCGAGAAACUUCAGCCUCUUGUGGAUGAGCCUCAGAAUUUAAUUAAACAAAACUGUGAACUUUUUGAAAAACUCGGAGAGUAUCUAUUCCAAAAUGCGCUCAUAGUUCGUUACACCAAGAAAGUACCCCAAGUGUCAACUCCAACUCUCGUGGAGGUCUCAAGAAACCUAGGAAAAGUGGGCUCUAAGUGUUGUUCGCAUCCUGAAUCAGAAAGAAUGUCCUGUGCUGAAGACUAUCUGUCCUUGGUCCUGAACCGGUUGUGCGUGUUGCACGAGAAGACACCAGUGAGCGAAAGAGUUACCAAAUGCUGCACGGAGUCCUUGGUGAACAGACGGCCAUGCUUUUCUGCUCUGACAGUCGAUGAAACAUAUGAACCCAAAGCUUUUGAUGAGAAAACAUUCACCUUCCAUGCAGAUUUAUGCACACUUCCCGAGAAUGAGAAACAAAUCAAGAAACAAAUUGCACUUGUUGAGCUGGUGAAACACAAACCCAAGGUAACAGAGGAACAACUGAAAACUGUUAUGGGGAAUUUUGCAGCUUUUGUAGACAAGUGCUGUGCAGCUGAUGUCAAAGAGACCUGCUUUGCUCUGGAGGGUCCAAAACUUGUUGCUUCAACUCGAGAAGCCAUAGCCUAAAAAGAACACAACCACAAGCAUCUCAGCCUACCCUGAGAGUAAGAGGAAAAAAAGAGAAAU